AUGAGGGUGGGAGCUGCGACCUUGGCUGGGGGGAUAUUUGGGCUAGUAGGGACUCUGUGUUUCUUCCUCGCCUUUGGUACGGACUACUGGCUGGUGGCCAGUGACAACUGUGGACCGUAUACAUGGCCGACACAAUCAACGCUGACAAAAGAUGCCAAUGGGACUGAGAUCCAGCUUGUGGAAUUGGUCUCGGCUUCUCCUCCGCCUCUCUCUCUGCUCCACGAGGGUUUCUUCUGGCGAUGUGGGUUUCAGGUGGAGCCCACAGCGCACGCAACGCUGGCCACUCUCUUCACAAACCAGCCAGAAUCCAAGCUGUGCAUCCAUGGUUACCUCUUCCCUCUGCCUGUGGCACUUGGACCGGUGCCUCAUCCGAGUUAUGAUGCUACAGCAGUGUUUCGGGGUUUCUGGACCGUGCUGAUCGUCCUCGGCCUGGUCGCCGCUCUAACUGGAGGCUUCCUCCUGGUCUGCGGCGUCCCCUUCAGCAGCCACAAACUGCACACGCUGGGCGGCGCGUUCCUCAUCGCUGCUGCCUGCCUGUUCCUGUUCGUGCUGCUGCUCUUCGUGCUGUGGAUGGAGGUGAUGGAUGUGGAGCGCUACGUCCUGCAGGAGCGAGGAGAGGCGUGUCCCCAGGCGCAGGUGUCCGUGCUCUACGGCCUGUCGUUCAUGGUGGCGGCUGCCGGCGUGCCUCUGGAGCUCGUCUCUGGGAUGGUCUUCAUGCUGGUGGGCCGCGCGCUGCGUGCCAGCAAGUGA